UCUUUCCUGCAUCCGGGCGUAGGUGGGCUGGCUCCGACGCCUCGCGAGCGGCAUGGAGGUCCACGGCGAACCCCAGUGCGGCCCGAGCUCUUCCACUUCCCCCCAGGACGGCUCCGGGGUCUCGGUGUCCCAGGAGCUGCUGACGGCAGGGAGCGGCGGCCGCGGAGGUAUAUGGGACAGAUUGCUCAUCAACCCCAAGCCUAAUUCCAGAAAGAAUUCCAGUCUUCAAACAGUUCGGAUAGAGAGGAGUCCCUUAUUGGACCAGGUACAGACCUUUCUCCCACAGAUGGCUCAGGCGAAUGAAAAGCUAAGAAAAGAAAUGGCAGCUGCACCACCUGAUCAUUUCAAUAUUGAAAAUAUUGAUGAGACUCUUGGAAACAUUAUACAAAUGGACGUGGCCUUGUUUGAGAUGAAUCAGUCUGAUUCAAAAGAUGAAGACAGUUCUGAAGAGAAUUCACAGGCCAGUUCUGAAUCCGAGGACGAAGAUGACAGCAGCUCUUCUGAAGUCACUGUAGAUAACAUCAAGCUUCCUCAUUCAGAAGAUGGAAAAGGCAAGAUAGAAGUCUUGGACAGUCCUGCCAGUAAAAAAAAGAAACAGUGAAAUAAAUUAUCCAAGCAGCAGGUGAUCUACGCCUGCUAAUUCUGUGAAAAAGAA